CGCCCUCAUUAUGUCUAAAUCGCUCCCGAGCCGGAUUGCAAGACUCUGGAAAGACUUUUCCACCGCCAGUGUUCCGACCUCUCUGGUAACGCGACCUCACGUCUCACACCUUGGACUGUUCUCGCUGGCGAGAAGGCACUCUUCCAGUAAGCUACCACGAAUCGCAGACCAACAAGCAGUCCCUGCCACCAGUCCAAAAUCGUCUUAUUACGGGCGUAGAUUUACUCCUCACGAAGACAGUGUCUUGCUGGAGAGACGCAAGCAAGGCCUGGCUUUCAAAGAGAUAGGAGCAGAACUCAAAAAGGAUGAGAUGACGGUCUGUGCCAGGUAUCGCGUCCUUGUUCUGUUAUUCGGCAUGAAUGGUACCGUUCCGAGGAGAAAACGGAGGUACCGUGGCAGGUAUUCAGCAUCAGAUGAUGCCACUAUCUUGAGAAUGAAAGCAGAGGGAUUCAAGUUUAGUGAGAUCGCGAAAAAGCUCUCUAUUUCCGGAUCAUACGAUGCUAGGCAAAUGCUAGGACGCUGGAGGGGGGUUGUACUGCGCGAAAGAUUGUCGCCCGCAUCAUCUCCUGUUGCAAAGCCACGGAGAACGCGCUUGACAGAUGAGGAGUUUGCGCGCAUUCAGAAAAUGAGAGGCGAAGGCGUGAAAUGGAAUGUGAUAGCGGAUUCUUGGGAGGAGCAACUUUCAGUGCCGACGCUGCGUAACCUAUACCAUGCCAGGCGAUACGUCACUGCACAGACUUCUGCCGACGGACGUUCUGAAGCGCACCGGCGAUGGUCUGCCGAAGAUCUCGCUACUCUAAUAGCCCUUCGCGAUCAAGAAGGCCGCAGCUGGACCGAAAUCUCGCAGCGGCUCAAUCGUAGUAGAGUGGGAGUGCAGCAGAGAUGGUUCAGGCUUAAGAAGGAGACAAAGACCACUCAAUAGAGCACGACUCGAAGAAGUUCUAGUAAUUAACGGAAUCUUGCAUUCAUAUCUUAUUCGCCAUCAUCUUCCGAACCUACUCAUCAAACACCCGAAAAUGCCUACGCCAAGUCCCGCAUCCAUCAAACAGACUGGCUCUAUAGCUGCUAUCGUCUAUACCUUAUUAGUUACUGUUUUAGAAGCGAUAGGUACCAACCAAGCUGGACCCCAUCGAGAGCUAUAGAGUUACUGGACGGACCUGGCUAUACUGAAC